UGCGCAUGCGUCAACUUCCAAUAUACUUUCACGUCAUGGCAGAGCCGAGGGCUGCGUCUGGGAAAUCACUGUUGUUUUUACUAAUUUCGGUGACUCUAUUACAUUUGUUUAUUUGACCUUUUACAAAAGUUGAAGAGAGUUUCAACUUACAGGCAGUGCAUGAUAUUCUUUAUCACAGACUUGAUUUUGAAAAGUAUGACCACCAUGAGUUCCCUGGUGUGGUGUCAAGGACAUUCCUUGGACCUGUAUUCCUAUCAACGUACGAGGUUGCCUGGGAGUGUGUGUGACUAUCUCUAUGGCGCAUGCAGAGGGAGGUUCGGAGGCAGUUUGGGUCAACAGUUGCGGGACUGUUCUCUCACCUGCGCCUCACAGUUCCAUCUCAUGUUCUACAGCACGAGACCCCUCCCCAAUGUAUUUGCAAUGCCAAUAGCUUUGACUGUCGGCAUUGACUCAUUCUUCUGGAAUAAGCUGAUUUGGCCCGAGGGCCAGGUACUCUGGUACAACACCACCCUGAACAAGAGCUCCAACUGGGGAACUGCCCCCUUUCUGUGGUACUUCUACUCUGCUCUGCCCUGUGGUCUAGGCUGCGCAGUGCUGUUCGUCCCCUUAGGCCUGCUUGACAGACGGACACGCACCCUGCUGCUGCCUACUGUAGGAUUUAUCCUGCUCUACUCUUUCCUGCCCCAUAAGGAGCUACGCUUUAUCCUCUACACCUUCCCUGUGCUGAAUAUAGUGGCCGCACGGGGCUGCUCCUACAUUCUGAACAACUACCACAAAUAUUGGAUGUAUAAACUUGGCUCCUUAAUCGUGGUUGGCUAGUUGGUGACAAAUGCUGCAUACUCCAACAUAUCUCUGUACGUGUCCCAUCACAACUACCCUGGAGGCCGGGGGGGUGCAGAUACUGCAUAAACUAGUACCAUCUACAUCAGGUACGACAAGAGAGAAGACAUUGGCCCUGGACACCCUGAUAUGAAGACAUACUCCUAUGUUCUGAUGGAGGCCAAUGCCACCCACAUAGCACUACUCAAAGACUCCCACGUGCCUUUGGCCUUCAUCCAAGGUUACAGCAACAUGACAUUGAAUGCCUUUUGGUUUCCUUUCUUCAGUAUAACCCUGGGAGACAAACUGUUGUUGCUAGAAAGAGUACCUGACCCUGAGCAUCCCAGUUGAACUGAGGAAAGUGAUGUAGUUUUUCAGGAUUUAGUAUUUUCUUAUGACCAAAUUGUAAAUAACAACUAAAUUGCAGUGUAUUGAGUUCUGUUUUCAAUCACUCUUUUGGGAUAUGUUGGUUGGAACCAGAUAUUGAUAGGAUCACCUGCUUUGUCAUUUACAUAUUAAAAAAAAAAAAUCUG